AUGACAUUUUUUCACCCGAAAAUAUGCAACACAGCAAAGUGGUACAAGAGAAGUAACUUCUUCAAUCAUGGCAAUUACGAAAGAACAUUAGCUGUAUUGUUAAGCAGUAGUGUCGUGUACUACUGUACACUGAGAGAUGAGGAUAAGAGAAGGGAGUUAAAAUCACAGGUGAAAAAUGUAAAGAAGGACCUAAGUACAUUCCUCUUAGGGGGGCAAUGGAACAGUGGAAAUGAAUCCCUGUUCAGAAGUAAAAAUAUAUCUUUCUGCGACACCAACAAAAAAGGAUUUCGUCACCCUUUGUGGAGAUCAGAAGAAAAGAGACCAAUUGAAAAAAUGGAAAAUGCCAUUCUCUUCAGUGGUUCCUCCAACCCAUUGUUAAGUAAAAAUAUUGCAGACCAUUUAGGCACCAUAUUGGGAAGAGUACACCUGAAGAGAUUCGCAGAUGGUGAAGUCUCCAUGCAAUUCUUGGAGAGUAUCCGGGGCAAAGAUGUAUACAUUAUACAACCAACCUGCCCACCAGUUAAUGAAAAUUUGAUUGAGCUGUUACUAAUGAUUUCCACAUGUAGGAGAGCAUCUGCUAAAAAAAUCACUGCAGUCAUUCCGUACUAUGGUUAUGCAAGACAGGAUAGAAAACUAAGUUCUAGAGUACCAAUAUCAGCAGCUGAUGUUGCCAGGAUGAUAGAAGCCAUGGGCGUAGAUCGUGUUGUAGCUAUUGACUUACACUCAGGACAAAUACAAGGGUUCUUUGGACCCAGAGUACCAGUCGAUAACCUGGAAGCUCAACUCAUAGGAUUAGAUUAUUUUACAAAGAAGGAUUUAUAUAAACCUGUUAUUGUUUCUCCUGAUGCGGGGGGAGUAUAUCGAGCAAGGAAGUUUCAAGAUGGACUAAACCAUAGAGGAAUAAGUGAAUGUGGAAUAGCUAUGUUAAUUAAACAAAGGACGAAACCAAAUGAAAUUGAGAAAAUGGAUUUGGUUGGAAAUGUAUACGAUUCUGAUGUAAUCAUUGUUGAUGAUAUGAUUGAUACCUCUGGAACUUUAUGUGAGGCUGCUAAGCAACUAAAAAAACAUGGUGCCAGGAGAGUUUUCGCUUUCGCUACACAUGGUCUUUUUUCAGGGCCUGCUAUUGAGAGAAUUGAAAAUUCACCCCUGGAGGAAGUUGUCGUGACGGACACUGUCAAAUCGAACAAAAAUAUCGACAGCUGUAAGAAGAUUACAAAGUUGAGUGUCUCUGUACUUGUCGCCGACGCAAUAAGACGUAUCCACCAAAAGGAGUCCCUCAAUGAUCUUUUCAACAUGAAGGGGUAG